AUGGCAUCCCAAGCAAAGAGGCUCUCUCCACGAGGCUUGAAGGAUUCUCUCCCGGUGACUGACGAAGUUGCUCGAUCGGUCCAAGAAGGACGGGAUGCAUUUCAACGGGCAUUGAAGACUCCUAUCCCACUUAUUCAAAAUUCCUCGCAUCCGGGACUGCUGGUCAUGGUUGGUCCCUGCAGUAUCCACGAUACUGCAGCCGGAAUGGAGUACGCCCAGCGAUUGGCAGCGGCGGCAAAGAAGUAUCGCGGCGAGCUCUUGAUCGCCAUGCGAGUGUACAUUGAAAAACCACGAACUACGGUAGGUUGGAAGGGGCUGGUGCAUGACCCUGACCUGGUGCAGGGAGAGGAGUCGGACUUGACCCGCGGACUGUCGGUUUCUCGAGAAAUCAUGCUGCGCGUGGCUGAGCUGGGUUUGCCCAUCGUCACCGAGGUGUUGAGCCCAUUCGUUCUGCCCUUCAUCCAGGACCUGCUCUCGUGCGGCAUCAUCGGCGCGCGCACGACCGAGAGCCAGACACACCGCGAGAUUGCGAGCGAUGCACCCAUGCCGGUGGGCUUCAAGAAUGGCACGAAUGGUACAGUGAGUGUAGCUUUAGAUGCAAUCCAAGCCGCCGCGCAGCCGCAUUCCUUUUUGUCGGUGGAUGACGACGGUCACUUGAUCGAUCAUUUCAGUGCUGGCAAUCCAGAUACGUUCGUCGUGCUGCGAGGCGGCAGCGAUGGGCCCAACUACAGCGCUCAGCACAUCCGCCAGGCAGAGUUGGCCAUGGCCAACGCUCGCCAGCCGGUGCGUCUGGUCGUCGAUUGCAGCCAUGGCAACUCGAUGAAAGAUUACCGCCGCCAGCCCGAGGUUGCUGCCAACGUGGCAAAUCAGAUCUCUGCGGGCGCUGCCAUCGCAGGCGUCAUGCUAGAAAGCAAUAUCAACCCUGGCCGCCAAAAUAUCUCCCCCGACGGGCUCUGUGGCCUCCAGUAUGGAGUCAGUGUAACAGAUGGCUGUAUCAGUUGGGAGGAGACGGAGCGCGUGCUAGAAGGUCUAGCAGCCUCGGUGCGCGCUCGGCAGACGGUGCCGCUGACUCCUGCUAUCUCCGUCCCACUCUCAUCCAUGCAGAAGACUCUCGAAAAGCUGCAGCCCAGUGUUUCUGUUGUUGAGCUUUCGGGGUGA